GGGCCACGCACACCACGGGGAGGGCGGAGAGGCGGUCGCAGCGCACGCGAAAACCCAAGGUCCCUCUCGGUGCUUCGGGUGUCUACUUCUCUCCCACAAUGGCGUCGGGGGCGCCGCCCCUGGAGAUCGGCGCGCCGGCUGGGGAGGAGGAGGAGGACCGGGAGGUGGAGGAGGAAGAGGACGCGUUCGAUAUACCCAGUAAGGACGCCUCGCACGAUCGCCUGCGGCGGUGGAGGCAAGCUGCUCUUGUGCUCAAUGCUUCACGUCGUUUUAGAUAUACUGUAGACUUGAAAAGGGAAGAGCAUAAAGAAAAUUUGAAAAGAAUUGUACGAGCUCAUGCACAAGUUAUACGGGCAGUAUUUCUUUUCAAGGAGGCCGGUCAAGAGGAGAUAGGAAAAGCUUACACUGGUACGAAUUUGGAGUCACUUCCUCAUAUUUUUCCAAUUGAUCUGGAAAAGCUUAUAAUGCUGAAUAGAGAUCAUGAUGCCAUUAUUUUUCAUGAGGUUGGAGGGGUUGGGGGCCUAUCAGAUUUACUAAAGAGUGAUGUAGACAGAGGAAUUAAUCCAAAUGAGGAUGACGUGAUGUUGAGGAGAGAGAUUUUUGGAGCAAACACAUAUCCAAGGAAGAAAAGAAGAAGCAUAUGGCAUUUUGUAUUUGAAGCUUGUCAGGAUUUAACUCUUGUGAUUCUAAUGGUAGCCGCUGCUAUAUCAUUAUCAUUGGGGAUGGCAACAGAGGGUAUAAAAGAUGGAUGGUAUGAUGGUGGGAGCAUAUUCUUUGCUGUUUUUCUUGUUAUAUUUGUUACAGCAACCAGUGAUUACAGACAAUCUCUUCAGUUUGAUCAUCUGAAUGAGGAGAAACAAAACAUACAAGUUGAGAUUAUUAGAGGUGGUAAGCGAAUAGGAACUUCAAUAUUUUCUCUUGUGGUCGGCGAUGUUGUUCCUCUCAAAAUUGGUGACCAGGUUCCUGCAGAUGGUGUCCUGAUAUCUGGCCAUUCUCUUGCAAUAGAUGAAUCGAGUAUGACUGGCGAGUCUAAAGUUGUUCAUAAGGAUCAAAAGGCACCUUUCUUGAUGUCUGGCUGCAAGGUCGCAGAUGGAUGUGGCUCUAUGUUGGUCACAGGUGUAGGUACCAAUACUGAAUGGGGUAUGUUGAUGUCUAACCUUUCCGAGGAUAUUGGUGAAGAAACCCCAUUACAGGUGCGUUUGAAUGGUAUUGCCACUUUAAUUGGAAAAGUGGGGUUGUCAGUUGCUGGUGUGGUCCUUGCUGUACUUUUGAUAAGAUAUUUUACUGGGCACACCAAGAAUCCAGAUGGGACUACCCAAUUUCUGGCUGGAACUACUGGUGUGAAACAUGGCUUUAUGGGGGCAAUUAGAAUUUUCACAAUAGCGGUGACUAUUGUGGUUGUUGCUGUGCCUGAAGGACUUCCUUUAGCAGUAACAUUAACCCUUGCGUAUUCAAUGCGAAAGAUGAUGCGGGACAAGGCUAUGGUGAGACGACUUUCAUCUUGUGAAACAAUGGGAUCAGCAACUACGAUUUGCAGUGACAAAACUGGUACCCUUACCCUAAAUAAGAUGACUGUUGUGGAAGCAUAUUUGGGUGGAACAAAGUUGGAUCCCUCUGAUAAUACCAGGAUGAUCUAUAGCAGUGUAGCUGCUCUGCUUAUUGAAGGGAUUGCACAAAACACUGCAGGGGAUGUGUUCUUGUCUGAGGAUGGAGGUGUUGCUGAAGUUACAGGUUCACCGACUGAAAAAGCAAUUCUUUCAUGGGGUCUUAAGAUUGGGAUGAAAUUCAAGAAUGAAAGAUCGAAAUCUUCAGUUCUUCAUGUAAUUCCAUUUAAUUCGGUGAAGAAACGUAGUGGUGUUGCGGUUCAGGUGUCAGAUGUCUCUGUUCACAUCCAUUGGAAAGGUGCAGCUGAGAUACUACUAGAGUCUUGCAAAAGAUGGAUUUCUUUUGAUGGUUUAGUUCAGCCAAUGAGUUCUGAGAAGCAUAAUGAAUUCAAGAGAUCAAUUGAUGAUAUGGCAAUGAGUUCACUGCGAUGUGUUGCUUUUGCAUAUUGCCCUUAUGAGCUCAAAAUGGUUCCAAGGGAGGAACUAGAUAAGUGGCAAUUGCCUGAGGAAGAUCUUAUUCUUCUUGGGAUGGUCGGUAUUAAGGAUCCCUGUCGCCCAGGAGUGAAGAAUGCUGUACAAGUAUGCAGUACUGCCGGUGUAAAGGUGCGUAUGGUCACUGGAGAUAAUGUUAAAACAGCUAAAGCUAUAGCUUUGGAGUGUGGAAUAUUAGAUGCAGAAGAUGUUGGCACAGAGCCAACAGUAAUAGAGGGGAAAGUGUUCCGUGAGAUGUCUGAAACUGCACGAGAAGAGAUUGCUGACAGGAUUAAAGUAAUGGGAAGAUCAUCUCCAAAUGAUAAACUCUUACUUGUCCAGUCAUUGAAAAGAAAAGGUCAUGUCGUAGCUGUUACUGGCGAUGGAACCAAUGAUGCUCCUGCAUUGCAUGAGGCUGAUAUAGGUCUUUCAAUGGGCAUCUCAGGGACAGAAGUUGCUAAAGAAAGCUCAGACAUUAUAAUAUUGGAUGACAACUUCACAUCUGUUGUCAAGGUUGUUCGUUGGGGGCGGUCUGUCUAUGCAAAUAUUCAGAAAUUCAUCCAGUUCCAACUUACUGUUAAUGUUGCCGCCCUAGUGAUAAAUGUGGUUGCUGCUGUGUCCUCUGGUGAUGUGCCACUGAAUGCUGUUGAGCUUCUUUGGGUGAACCUCAUCAUGGACACAUUGGGAGCUCUUGCAUUAGCAACUGAAUCACCGUCAGAUAGCCUAAUGAAGAGGCAUCCUGUUGGUCGAAGAGAACCUCUUGUGACAAAUGUUAUGUGGAGAAAUAUACUUAUCCAGGCUCUUUACCAGAUAGUAGUUCUUCUCAUCUUCAAUUUUGAUGGAAAAAGGAUUCUGCAUUUACAGGAUGAAAAUCGAGAGAACACUGAUAAAACGAAAAACAGCUUUGUCUUCAACGCAUUUGUCUUCUGCCAAAUAUUCAAUGAGUUCAAUGCUCGCAACCCUGAAGAGAAGAAUGUCUUCAGAGGAGCUACAAACAACCACCUUUUCACGGGGAUAGUGGGUGUAACUACUGUACUGCAGAUAUUGAUGAUUGAGUUUCUUGGGAAGUUCUUCAACACAGUCAGGCUUAGUUGGAGACUGUGGCUGUUGUCAGUUGCUGUUGGUGCAAUAAGCUGGCCCCUCGCGUACCUUGGGAAAUUUAUUCCCGUGCCUAUCAGACCUGUCCAGGACUACUUGAAGCAUUAUUCCUGUCGGGAAAGGCCACAACAAGACGAAGAGCAAGGCAGCUAAGACCUGAGGCUUUGCAGAUAUCUGCAUCUUCAGGUGCUGAGAAUCAACUUUUGGAGAAGCUGCAGCCAGCGCCGAAGAACUAGCUUCUGUUUCAGGUGGAGUUGCAGAGAGCCAGGAAAGCAAUCAAUGUAAGCCUAUAUAAGGUAUAAGUUGAUUGAUGAAAAUUGGCCAUAAGCAAUAAGAGGAAGCUUGUUCACCGCCUGCAGUGCACUGAAAAAAAUUAGCAGCGUUCAACGUGUUCAGUACUACUAAUCAGACCAACAAAUAAAUAGGCUGCAUAUUUGUUCCGAGACUGUAAUGAACAUUUCAGAUUAGUUGUGAUGGAACAUUUCAGAUUUUGGAUCUUCGUUUUACUUAGAAACACUUUUGUCUCUUUGCUGAAGACAUGCUGGCGCAUGUCAUAUUCAUUGAUCAAAUGGUCAGGCUGUACAAAAUGCAGGUGGAACUUGCGCAUUUUUACAGUAGUUGAUUGCAUGAAAAUGGGCAGCUUGAACAGUUGCAUGCACCUUGUAUUUCUCUUUUGUCAUUUUCAUAGAUAAUUCUCUUCUGUCAUAUAGAGCAUUUUGUUUUGAGAUAGGGAAUUUUGC